AUGGGCUUUCCGCGCGAGCACAUGGGGCAGUCGUUCUACGACACGGCGCCGAAUCUGAAGCUCGUGCAGCUCAUCAGCGCCGGCUACGACCGCCUCGACGUGGAUGCCGCCCGGCAGGCGCGCGUACCGGUGGCCAAUAACGGCGGCUCCAAUUCGGUGGCCGUUGCCGAGCACACCAUGAUGCUUAUCCUCGCCGUGUACAAACAGGUCGUCCGCGACCACAACAACGUCGUCAACGCCAAGUGGCGGGUGGGGGAUUUCGCCGACCUGUGCAUCUACGAGCUGGCCGGCAAGACGCUUGGCAUCGUCGGCUUGGGCACCAUCGGCAAGAAGGUGGCGCGCCGCGCCCAGGCUUUCGACAUGCGGGUGCAGUACUACGAUGCCUUCCGUCUCGGCGAGGACCAGGCAGACGCCCUUGGCGUGCGCUAUGUGCUCUUCCCCGAACUGCUGCGUACCUCGGACGUGGUCAGCCUGCACAUGCCGCUGAACGAGCAGACCCGCAACAUGAUGGGCGCCCGCGAGUUCGCCACCAUGAAGAACGACGCCAUUUUCAUCAAUACCUGCCGCGGCCCGGUGGUGGACGAGGAAGCGCUGCACCACGCCCUGACCAGCGGCCAGAUCGCCGCUGCCGGACUCGACGUGAUGGUCGAAGAGCCGCCGCCAACCGAUCACCCGCUGUUUCGCCUUGAC